ACUUAGAACUCUGUCUUGUAAUCACAGCUGUUUGUUGUUAUCCAAAAAAAAACUAAAAUAUAUCUUUGGGAAAGAUACAUUUUUCGCUUCACUGUACCGAAAAUUAACUUCGCUUUGUGGACACAAAUUUAUUGUUUAUAUUAAUUGUUUAUUUGAUUUAUUAACUUUUUCAUUGACCUAUUAUUGAAGAAAUCAGAAUUGUAAUUACAAAUGGAAGCAGUAGCUUUGCCAGCAGACACAGUGACCCGGUCACAAACUGAGGUUAUUACACAGGAAGACGUCUUAGAUACAUCGUCCCAACCGGUUUUAAGGCUACGCUUGAAGAAACCUAAAAGCGACAAAAAAGUUGUCUGGCAUGAAGGCACGGUCGAUAAUGAACACAUGAACAAAAAGAAAUCCAAAUGUUGCUGUAUAUACAAAAAACCUGUAGCCUUUGGUGAAAGUUCUUCGGAAGACGAUGAAGAAUGUGAACAUUGUUUUGGACAUCCCGAAAAGCGACGUAGAAAUCGUAAACCUGGAGAUGGUGGAGAAGAACAUCAACAUGAUGACAACGAACCCUGUCCGCAUGAUGAACACAAAGAUGCUGUUUAAUUUUGAAAAGUAAUUUAAAACUAAUAAUUUUAUAUUUAAACGUUUAUAAAAUAUAUUAAAAUAUAUAAACACACACACACAAAAUAAAACAAGAAAUCCUCAUUAAAUAUUAAAAAUAAUAUUAAAAAAACGCCAAUGAAAUAGUUUACUUACAUUUUUGUUCGUAAAUUCCUAGACUUAAUUAUAAAAAUCAUUAAAAAGUUUUCAAAUCUCAUUUUAAA